AUGUACCAUAAAUACCCACCACCACAACCAUCGAUUCACAACCAUCCCACAAUGGCAAAGCUCAUAGCACUAGCACUUGCUUUCACAGCCCUUGUAGCGUUUGCUUCCGCCCACAGCACCAUCAUCACCACCACCAUCGAGGAGGAAAGCACAUUCUCGAAGCAGCAGUGCAGCCGACAGCUCCAGGGUCAAAGAUUCAAUCAGUGCCAGAGGUAUCUCGCGCAGGGCCAGAAUUUGUAUGAAGAAGACGACCGGAGUCAGCAACAGUUGUGCUGCCAAGAGCUCCAAUACGUCGACGAGCAGUGCCAGUGUGAGGCUGUGAAGGAAGCAUUCCGCGAAGCCAGAAGAUGCAACAACAACAACAGGGACAACAAGGCGGAAGCUUCGGUUCCAAGCAGAUCAGACAGAUGA